AUGUUGCAGUUUUAUACAAUAAGGAGAGAUAUUCAAUUUUCUCGACAAACGGCGUUUAAAUCGUUGGAAAAUCUGAAUAAAACUCGAUUGAAAAAUUAUUUCUUGUUAACGAAAGAGGAACAGGAAGAAGAAAUGAAUAAAAUCUAUUAUAAACAUGUGUAUUAUCUUCUGUUAAUUUCAUCGCAAACGAUAUCGUUUAUUCCAUUUGAUUCGUUGGACGAUCAACUAUUUAUUGAAGAUUAUCUUGACCUUUUCGAGAUCUUUAUUCGAAGAAUUGAUCAACGAAUGCCGAAGAAAUCCGAUGUGCAGUGUACUUUGGGUGUUAUUGGCGAACGAAUUCUAACUUUCCUUUGGAAUUUAACUGAUCGGAUAAUUCUCAUUCCGAUUCUACUUCGAACAAAUCUUGCAGAAAAUACUUUGAAAUGGAUUCAGCAAUCGGAUUCAUUAACCGAGAAAAGUCGAAGAGCGUUUCCAAGUAUUCUUCAAAAUAUCGCUCGACAUGAUCAAGGUGCUGAAAAAUUAAAUCAAUUUGAUGCGAUUGAGAUUCUCAAAGCGUAUCAACAAAACGACAUCUCUCAUGAAAUUCAAAUUUCUACUAUAGAACGUCUGUGCUCCGAUCGGAAUCUUAUAGAGAAACCUCGAGAAGAGUGGAAGUCGAAAAUUAUUGAUUUCGAUGACGAUCGCAUUACUAUCAACACCUGA